CAUUGACACGUGAAUGUGUAAUUGAUUAACGCUGGCAACAAUGUUUGAGAACUUGCUCAACUUUGUUGCAGGUGGCGGCCAUUCCGCUGAAGAAACGACGAAUACAGAUGCUGCACGAAGACGAAAUAGUCGACGUCUAACGGGAUCUAGAGGCAAUGGUAACACUCACCAGGAUGGACACGUUGAUAAUAAAAUCAAUGACAUGUUACACAUCGCACAAACAGAAGAAAGAGUAUCACGAUAUCUUGAACAAAUACAGCAAGAUCAUGCAACGGGGAGGUUCCAACGUCUAGAUACUGAUAAAUCAUCUAUGCAAAAGCAAAAAUCAUGGGAAUACCUACAUAAACCAAAGUCACACAACAGACAUGUAUACUUUGGAGGAGCGCCUUUAGGCCAGUGUAUAGAAAUAAUUAACAUGAAACGGCGCGAAGCAGUGAUAUUAAAAGAAAAACAAGUUAUCCUAAAGGAAUUAGAAGAUAGAGAAGCUGAAAUCGAUGAGCUCAUGGAAAAACAAACCACAGAUUUUCAAAAGUUUGAAGUGGCACUCGGGAAGGCAUUGGGACUGGGUGGCGGAUGCGCUAUACUUGCAGACCUGUUGAACAGGCAUUGCACUAAGAUGAUGCGCCAAUUUUUCAAACGGAUGCGGCGUAAACAAAUACAUAAGCUGGAGGGUACCAUCGAGAGGCAGGCGGAGAUUAUCCGACAGAAGCACAAGCUGGCUGUUAUGGUUAUCGCAAGAAUGGUUGAUAAAUCAUUAUUGACCCCAAUGAAAGAAGCGUUGGUACACUGGAGGUGUAGUCGUGGCAAUAAGCCUAUGCCAAGUGCGACAUUUAAAGGCUUUAAGUAUGCUGAGGUACUGAAGGGAGAAAAACCAGCUAUGAAGAAAUCAUGGAAAAGGGGAUCUAACAAACCAACUGAAAAUUUAGCAUCAGUAGAGGAGUCAUUGCUAACCAGACUAGAGAAUUUAGUGGCCGAAGAGAUGCAAAUGCUAACCACAACAAGGCUAGUGGAGCCUUAAGGGAGCGUAAGUGCUUCUUGGAGAACUGCAGCAAUUUGUAUGCGGGAUUUGCAACCGUCCAACCGUUCCUUCAAAUAUGCGUAAGCUUUGGCCUCCAUGGGAUCCAAAGUAAAUUGCAAUCCGUUUGAACUGUCAGUCACACGUAAUGUGCUACGUGUAUUACCUAGGGU